AUGUCGGCUAUGGAUAUCGUUUCCACGGUGACCAUCCUCAUUAAUUUGGGAUUGGAAAUCAAGAACCGACUGGAUUCGCUCAACCAAGCUGCCGAAGAGCUUCAACUGCUGACCACCAACCUUACACUUUUGUUGAAGGUGUUUGAGAGCCCCUUGAACGAGGACAUCUUCAAGACCAAUGCGUCACAGUUCGUGCCUAUCCUGGAUGUUCUGGAAAGCAUCGCGCGUUCGUGCAGAGAAUGCGCCAAGGCCUUGGACAUCGACCUUGCUGGAGCGACAAUUGCGACUAAGACAGAGUCGCGCGGCAGGAAAUUUGUCAAGCGGAUAUGGACUUUUAGCAAGAUUUCUGACCUUCUCGCGGAAAUUCAACGCAAGGCCGAACAACUUCAACAGGUAUACAGCGUAGUGUUUGCUGUGAUUCUCCAGGACAUCAGGGUGCGACAGGGACGGACGAGUGGGAAGGAAACUGUUGAAUUCGCCGUCGUACAAACACCAACUACCCAUGAACACCUGCUCGACCUGGACCUCAGCACGGAUUUUGCUAACAUCGACCGGAUGGUGGGAAGCCUCGUGAAGGAAUGUGAAUACCUUCGGCGACGACUCCAGGAGGCUACUCUGUCUCCGGACACUUCGGUUGUUCAAGAGUACCAAGCGCAGAACCCAGAAGCAGCAUCAUUUUGGAAGGAUCGAUUCCAAAAAGACGAACUCAGCGCCUCGACUCUUCGCUACGAGACGCUGUACGUUUCUUGGGCACGCUUCGUGCAUGAGAUAGAAGCGUCUUUUGUGCUCAAAAAGAUACCGACUGGGAUUUUUGAAACCGGAAAUAUCGACCUCGUUCACCAGCGAGGAUCUCGCUAUGGCAUCGACCAAAGCGGCACGCGUCGUCUUUCCUCAAUCCGGCCUCUCUGGCUCCCUGCUCUUCGGUCUGCUCUCGAUCCGUUACACAAGGGUUACGUCAAGCCUCACGACUAUUUCAAUCUUCUUCGCGACUCCUCUUUGUCUGACUCCCUGAGAAGGCUGGCCCUCGAAAACGCAGGCUACGGUACACUUGUCGAAUGUGAAAGGGAAUCCGGGGAUCUUCCCUUGCCGGCGGCAAUUGAGUCCCCUUCUGAUCACGUCGGCUGGAUCUCUGCUCAAAUCGUGGCCGUUCCAACACCUGAUGAACUUGGAAUUGUUACCGAACGAGAGAUCGUGAAAUCAAGCAGCGACGCCCUCUUCGCUUACUUCAACGAUACUGCCCAAGACGUUCACGUUUACGUACGCUACCUUCAAACCGGUCAAAUCGAGCGUAAAAGUCUCUCGAAGCGAGUCCGUCCGAUCGCGGGCAUCUCUCUCGGCGCUGCGUUGUCUAUCCGGCAUGAGCUAGAAUCAGGUGAUCAUGCCUGGAGCGGUGACCUUCACAUCACCGAGUUCAAGGCAUGUUACGGGGAGCGGUACAUUAUCACGGCGGGUGUGGGUUCGACUGCUAUUGUGUUUUUCACGAGGCCGCUCAAGAAUUUCUUCGACAAGAUGCUACGCGACGACGACAACCCCUCAGGUUCUACCAUACCGGAAUUUGAGUGUACACUCUUGGGGCCGUCGAAAGCAUUCACCCACCCACCGAAAGUUGGCGAAAAGAUCCAGAUUGAGUACGACGGACUUUGGUACGAUUCGAAAGUCACGGAAGUGGAUGGCGAAGAGAUAGAGUAUAUCAAUUGGGACAGCGCACCGGAACAAGUACCAUCCGAUAUUACAGAAUCUCAGGACGAUGGUCAAGGGGAUGAGGAAGAUAGCGGCAGCCUUUUCUUUCCCGAGAAGCAGUUGACGCAACUCGGAAAGGGCACGCGGCGGCUGUGGCGACCAUGGCGGAGAGACCUUCAAAGGUACGACGUUCGUCCUUAUCGAUGCUUCCAUAUCGGCGACUCUAUCGAGGCACCCGUCAUGUACCCGGAUUUUCGAUACCAUUACCAUGUUACCGACAACUCGGAACUCUACCUUCCUGCUCGAAUCGUUGACGUCCAAGGCGACCAGUAUGUGAUCGAAUUCAGUCCGGCGCUUUCGGUUCAUAGGUGGUGGCCAGGGAGGAUGCCUAAGGGUGAACGAAUAGACUUAGUGCCAGGAUCAGGCAUUAAGGCAGAAAACCCGUUCGACUUCAAUCGCGUGACGGUAGGCAUGGAUCGGAUACGUCCUUUCUCUGCGGGGCCACGACCGGUUCUGGGUGUUCAGUCAGCGAAGCCGUCUGGGUGGAGUUCAUUUCAAGGCGUUCGUCUCAGCAAUCUUGAGGAUCUUUUGGAGCACAGUCUUUGGAACGACAACAGCGAUAGCCAGCGAAAGUGA